AUGCUAAUGCAGCGGACGGUGUACGAAGAAUGUUUUGUCUUAAAGUGGGUUUCGUGGGUUCCGACGAAGUGUAUGAUUAUGGUGUGGAGAGCGGAAAUGGAUAGGAUCCCAACAAAAGCGGCGUUAGUCAAGCGAAAUAUUGGCAUUACGGAUACGAGAUGUCCCUGGUGUAAUUGUUAUGAAGAAACGGUGAUGCAUGUUUUGUCUGAUUGUUUAAUCGCUACCAACGUUUGGGAUGAGAUUGGUAGAUGGUGCCGCUUAGACCCGAUUUAUGCGUUCGAGAUUAAGGAUCUGUUAGAAGUGUACAAGUCGAUGAACGGAAGCAAGAAGGGGAAAAAGAUUGUGCACGGGAUUGUCAUUGUCACCAUGUGGUCGAUGUGGAAAGCGAGGAAUGAUUCGAUUUUUAAUGGGAAGCGGCCUAACGUGGAAAACAUCGUGGCGAGUGUAAAGUCUAUCACGUUUUUAUGGGCUAAAGUAGAUUAA